UAAUAACAGGAAUAAGUUUUUUACUUUCGCCAUCGUUGCGUUCUUUGCGUCCGCAUAAAAGCCGCUUGGUGAUUACAAUUACUGGCCCCUGCUUUCUGCCAGAAUCACCCACUUACUCUCAGUUGUGCCAGUAAGUGACAGCGACCAUGGCGAACCUACCGCUCCUUGUCUCAAUACAUCUUGCCAAUGUUAACGUCAUGACACAUCCAAUUGAUGAUAAUGGUGCCAACGUCCACAAAUAUUUGCAUCAGGAGUUAUCAGUCUCUGGACUGAAUGCCAUUCAUUCUUACCUGUGGAUGGCCGGGAGGAUGGAUGGAGUUCGCGCUCUUCAUCGGCAACGAAUGAUAAAAAGAGACAUCGUGGUCGCAGAAGACCCUGGACUUCAUCUCCUUUGGUAUGACUCUACUAUCUUCGUGAAGCCUCUCCCUGUUUGUCUCCUCGAUUACAACUUCUUCGUCACCCACAUAUGUCCCAACGAUACCCUCUAUACUGCUGCAUGCGGCUUCCUCCGCUCCUACACUCUCCUUAUCCGGCAUGAGAGCGACUUCCGUAUAGCACAUCACCUCGGAAUCCUGCCAGCAGGACAUGACCUUCGGCUGAGCCGCGUGAAUCUAAUUUACAACAUUUUCCGGUAUCGUCCAUGGUACUACAAGAUCCAUCGGGACUACCAAUCGUGGUUUUCGUACGAACUCGGGUUCAUGCUCGUUGUCUUCGCCUACGUGAGCGUGGUAAUGAGCGCCAUGCAAGUCAUGCUCACGACGUCGUUCAUAUCCCUGGAGGUCUCAGCUCUGUGCUACUGGGCAGGCAUUAUAACAACUGUGCUCAUUGUCGCGGUUUUUACGUGGCAAUUUGUUGGGAUUGUCUUUGUUUAUCUUUUCAGCUUCUUCCGAGCACUCAGCUCGGGACUUCCACCACACUAGUGUAUCAUGCUUUGCGACACAUGUCAUUUACUCCCAUUUCUAGACGUUGGUGUGCAUGUGUUUCAUGUACUGUAUUAUGACAGACUUGGAGCUUGAUGCGAAUAGGUUUAACAACCACCAAUGGCCACAUCGAUUUACUCAGCAGGUGCAAAAUGUAGUCAUUACAUUGCGGUAACGCUGUACAACC